AACAAAUCUGUGUCCCUGACUAGGUCCAAUGUACUGAGUUUGGCCUCAUUGAGACUGGAGGAAGGAGGGAAAGUGCACUGGCCAGUACACAGUAUAACACCUCUGCUGUAAUCAUGGACCCUCCCAAGUGUUAGAGGAAUGUAUUUGCGGGCUUGGUGGACCUUUCAGAGGUUGCGAACCCACCAGCAACACAAAUGCGAGUAGGCUCUUUCCACCUAGAUUAAGAGAGAUACGUACGAGAGGACAUGGCUUUAGGGUGAAAGGGGAAAGGUUUAGGGGGAACUUCCUCACUCAGAGAGUGGUGGGAGUGUGGAACGGGCUGCCAUCUGAUGUGGUAAAUGCGGGGUCACUCUUAAGUCUUAAGAAUAAAUUGGAUAGAUACAUGGACGGGAGCGGUCUGGAGGGUUAUGGACUGGGUGCAGGUCAAUGGGACUAGCGGAAUAAGGUUUUGGCACAGACUAGAAGGGCCAAAUGGGCUGUUUUCUGUGCUGUAGUGUUUUAUGGUUCUAUGGUUCCCUGGCUGAGUGUGUCAUAGAGCCAUGGAGUUAUACAGCAUGGAUAACCCUAUGACACAGAUAGAGUCACGGAGUUAUCCCUGCUGACCAAGAUAUCUGUCCAUGUCAGAAGGAGGUCUGGUCAGGCCAGUAGAUUGAAGACCAGUGGAUUCACUUAGGAGUCAGUGAAUACUCAGCAAGGAUAAAACAAACCAACUUAUGACGAGUGAGUGUUGAAUUUGUCACAGCAGGCUGCGUCUUCGGGGACCAAGCUACAAAGGGUUGGUCUCCUCAGGGAAAUCUAACUCCAGCAGUGAUGUCGUCUGGCAAACCAUGGAAACAACACAAUAGAAAAGACUCCUGUGAAAAUAACAGUCGGAGGGGUGACGGAUAAUAUAUUUAACCACAAGCGCAUUAAGGCAGCUCUCUGUAAAGUGUUAUCAGAUAUUUCUUUUCAUUUUCAACUAGUAUUUUAGAACGUGCAGACAUUUCAAAGAACUGAUGCCAGCUAGUUACCGCACCUGGGUAGCAAACCUUUACAAUAGACGGAAUAAAUUCUGUGCCAGAAUUUCGGGGCUGUUGCUGGCUGGUGUCCCAGCUGCCUGUCUGUACCUUGCUCCCUGAACGUUGGCAGUCUCCGAGGAGCUCACGACCCCCUUCCCUGCGAACGGGAACAGGGUUUCGAGCCGUGCCUUGCGUUCUGUUCGUGUAGGACAAAGGGUAAAAUUGUUGGUCGGCUCCGGCUGCGAGAACUCCGGGAGCUGGAACUUGGGAAGAGGCGCUGUCUGACGGCACCGCCCUCGCCACACGGGUUCGGUGCGAAGUUUUGCCUCGGUCGCUGGAGGAUUGCGCCGGGGCUCGGCCGGAUCCGGAGCUCCCCGCCGGUCUGCGGUGCCCCAGAAGCGGGCGGCCGGAUCCCCCCUGCACCGAAGCCGCCUUUUGUCUGCGCCUCGGGGGAGAAGGCGGCCGCUUUUGUGUUAAAGUGCAGUGGUCUUGCGCUUCGCUCCGAACGAGGGAGAGGUGGCUCUGAACUGCCGAGAGGACUGGAGAGGAGAGGCACGACACUUCUGCAUUCCUGGAAAUAUCAAUGCACCCGGGAACAUCUUCUGCCCAGACAGCCGGACACUGGAAGAAACUUCCAAAUCUUCAUUGCAGCCCGAUGCCAGCUGCUCGGGACCUCGCAUCGUCCGGGAAUUGGGGAAGAGUGGUGGUGCUGGGGGGCAGUGUGAGUGAGGGUCUGGGUGCGUUGGAACUUGCCGUCUGAAACCUCCACGCCCUUGUGCCCCAGAGACCCGUGACAGCGCGACCGGGAGGGGACAGCCGCUGACUUGCAGACUCUCCCACCGAGUCCACCCCAGCAGCAAGCCCCAGCUCUGGGGUAUUCACCGGGAGCGAGCCACCGAGCGCCGGGUGAACCUUGCAACCCAAUUCCUUGGUUAUCGCAGACAAUGCCUCUCCAGGAUCUCAGCUGAGAUUUCAGCCUCUUGGAGUGAACGGAAAUAGAGGUGGAAAUGCAAUUGGGUGUAGCAGUUCAAGCCGGCAGCAGAGCCAGUCCCAUCCUUGGCGAACCUUCUCUGCCAGGGGUCAGUCAGUGGGAUCUUUGAGAUCUUUAAGGCAGCGGCCCCGGGCGGAGGGGUGUGCUGUGGAUUGUAUUCAAGGACUGCCUUUAUUUUUUUGAGGGGGGGAGCCCACCGCUUCAUCAUGGGUCUCCCCGCGUUAUGAAGACUUGGAAUUGUUUCUACGUGAUCCCCGGCUGAUCCCAAGAAAGGAUCAUGACUUUGCGAUAGGAUUGGCGUGGUUUGAGGGAAUCAAAGGGAGUGGGGAGGUGGAAAAUGUUUGAUGAGCUGUGGCCACUUUGUGACAGUCGUCAACGCCAAGCGUCUGAGCUGGAAGGAUUUCGGACGGGAGGACUAAUCUGAAGAGUUGUCUCACUCGACCCUGAGGGUGGAGGGGUUCCGACUUCCCUCUGGUUACGGGUGGAACGGCGGGGGUAUGACCGGUAGCCGGUACCCGCCCUCCGCUGCCCACCGGGGCGGGAGGAUCUACCAGCACAAAGUGUCGCUAGUGGUGCGGUACUUCAUGAUUCCAUGUAACAUCUGUCUGAUCCUACUGGCUACCUCAACCCUGGGCUUUGCUGUCCUGCUCUUCCUCAACAACUACAAACCUGUGAUGAACUUCACUCCGGCCCCUCCAACACAGGAUGUGUGCAGAGGCGUCCUCUGUGGAUUUGGAGCCAUGUGUGAAAGGGAUCCCAAAGAACCAGCCAAGGGAGCCUGUAUCUGCAAGAGAGGCCCCUGCCCGUCUGUGGUGGCCCCUGUCUGUGGGUCGGAUUAUUCCACGUACAGCAAUGAGUGUGAGCUGGAGAUGGCCCAGUGUACUCAACAGCGGAGGAUCAAGGUUAUCAGCAAAGGACCUUGCGGCCUGAAGGACCCCUGCAGUGAGGUGACCUGUGGAUUUGGCAGCUCCUGCAUCCAAUCGUCUGACGGGCAGUCGGCCAAAUGUGUCUGUCCCACUACGUGCAGCGGGCAGCCGGAGAAGGUGGUCUGCGGCAGCGACGGCCAGGAUUACCGGAACGAGUGUGAACUGAAUAAGCACGCCUGUGACCAACACAGGAAUAUCUACAAGAAGUCUGACGGGUUCUGUGACCCCUGCAAGGAUGCCCAGAGUGACCUGAACAAGGCAUGCCGAGUACAACCCAGAAUCCGCAAGCCAGAGGUGCUAUCUCGACCAGAAAGCUGCCCGAAGGAAGAUAUGCCAGUCUGUGCAGAUGAUGGGCAGACCUACAACAGCAAGUGCAUCAUGGAGAGAGUGGGAGCUCUGAAAGGCAUCAACCUCCAGAAGAUUCACUCAGGACCCUGUCUACCUGCAGACAAAUGUCAGGAAGAGUGCAAGUUCAACGCCGUGUGCCUCAACUUCAGGGGGACUGUCCGUUGCUCGUGCGACCGUAUCGUUUGCGACGGAGCCUACAAACCCGUGUGUGGACAGAACAGCCAGAGCUACAACAAUGACUGUGAGCGCAAGCAAGCUGAAUGCUUGGGGCAGAUCUCCAUUCCGGUCAAACACCAGGGUCCUUGCGACCUUAACACUCUAAGCCCCUGCCUGAACGUUGAGUGUGAUUUUGGGUCCAAAUGCAUUGUGAAGAAUAACAAAGCUGUGUGUGAGUGCCAGCAGACCUGCCAGAGCGUGUAUGAGCCUGUCUGUGGCAGCGAUGAACACAUUUACGGCAAUGAAUGUGAAUUGGAAGCCAUGGCUUGUAUCCUGAAGAAGCACAUCACCAUCAAGCACAAAGGUCCCUGUGAUCGUUGUGGAAACUGCCAAUUUGGUGCCAUCUGUGAGGCAGAGACGGGGAAGUGCGUUUGUCCUACAGAGUGUGUCAGCUCCCAGCAGCUGGUGUGUGGUACAGAUGGUAAAACGUAUGAUAAUGAGUGUGAGCUACACGUCCAAUCCUGCAUCACGCAAACAGACAUCCAAGUAGCAAGCCAGGGAAACUGCAAGCAUUGCGGAACCUCCAUUUGCCUGUUUGGGGCAAAGUGCGAUGACGGUCGGUGCGUGUGCCCACGGUGUGAGAACCAACCCAUCAUGUCGGUCUGUGGCAGUGAUGGGGUCACCUACUUGCAUCUUUGUGAGCUACAAUCUACCUCCUGUCAGCAGAAAAGGAAAAUUGAGGUCGUUAAGGAGGGGUCAUGUGAUGAUGAAUGUGGUUCAGGAGGAUCGGGCUCAGGCGACAACAAUGAGUGUGAGCAGGAGAAGUGUCGGAAAUAUGGAGGAAUGUGGGACGAGGACUCAGAAGAUGGCCCAUGUGAUUGCGGAUUAUCAUGCCAAGGUGUCCCUCAGUCUCCUGUCUGUGGGUCUGAUGGGGAAACCUACAACAAUGAAUGUUUACUGAAGCUAAGGCGAUGUAAGCUUAAAAAGGACAUCCAGAUUAUUAUGUCCGGCUCCUGCAAGGAUGCAAUUCCAUCGUCUGUUCCGGAGCAACACUGCAGCAAGUCCGUCUAUGGCUGUUGUCUGGAUAAUGUCACUGCAGCGCAGGGAGUUGGCCUUGCCGGAUGUCCAAGCACCUGCGAGUGUAAUAGGUAUGGAUCGUACAGUGAAACAUGUAGCCCCAGCACUGGUCAAUGCUCCUGCAAACCAGGUGUGGGAGGUCUGAAGUGCGACCGUUGCGAACCUGGAUUCUGGAAUUUCCGAGGCAUCGUCAUAGAUGAGAAGAGCGGAUGUACUCCAUGUAAUUGUGAUCCACUUGGGGCUGUUCGGGACGACUGUGAACAGAUGACAGGACUGUGCUCCUGUAAGGCAGGGAUCAACGGAAUGAAGUGCAACCAGUGUCCUGAUGGCAGUAAACUGGGCCCAAAUGGCUGUGAUCAAGACCCAUCUGUUUCCCGGAUAUGUACCGAACAUCUUUGUCAGUACGGAGCGACUUGUAAGAACUCUAGUGGACAAGCUUAUUGUGAAUGUCCACCUCCCAUCUGCCCGGCAAAUAAACAGUAUAAGGUCUGUGGCUCUGAUGGAGUAACCUAUGCAAAUGAGUGCCAGCUCAAAACCAUUGCAUGUCGCCAGGGUACAGUGAUCACCAUCGCACACAAGGGCCCUUGUCAAGGAACUCCGCCAAGGCCAGCCCCCACACCCUCCACCGGCAGUGGCCAGACAACCAAAUCGUCCCCAGCACCACUCUCACCUUCACCGAGAGAAGAUCUGCCCAAACGGAUAGAGAAGGAAAAUGUAUCAGAUCUUGAAGCAAAGCUUCCUCCCGUCUCCACAGCACGGCCCAUCCAGACAACAAGACCACAGGUCCAAACUAAGACGUCCACAGUUACCGGAGGUCCUGCCGUCACUGGUUACCCUGCCACUUCCUGGUCAGCAAAAUUGCCCAUUCCAUCCGAACCUCCAGAUCUGUCGGGUAGUGGGGACUUCAGCGGGGACACCGAUCUCGAAGCAAGCGGUGAUCUGGAAGCAAGUGGAGCAGAGCCUCUGGGUUUCAACGAGUCUUCGGUAACUAUUCCAACACCUGGCCCAAUUGAAAGGUCAACGUGCGACAAUACAGAGUUUGGCUGUUGUUCCGAUGGCAAGACACCAUCUGCUGAUGGUGAGGGAAGCAACUGCCCACCUACCAAGGUAUUCCAAGGAGUCCUCAUUUUGGAAGAGGUUGAUGGUCAAGAACUUUUCUACACGCCAGAAAUGGAUGACCCUAAAUCUGAACUGUUUGGUGAAACAGCAAGAAGUAUUGAGAGUGCUCUGAAUGAACUCUUGGGGAACUCAAAUGUCAAGAAAGAUUUUAAGAGUGUCCGUGUGCGUGGCCUGGGUCCCAGCAACUCUGUGCGGACUAUUGUUGAAGUCCAUUUUGAUCCAAGAACGAGUUACACCGCCCGGGAUGUACAACGGGGUUUGCUUCAGCAAGUGAAACAGUCCAGGAAGAAAUCCAUUGUGGUGAAGAAACCAGAACAGGACAACAUCAAGAUCGUGGACUUUGAUUGGGCGCCUGUUCUGUUUACAACUACCAGCACGACCACAGCUGCCACCACGGUUCCUGUAACCACCGCGUCUGCUCUGGUCACCCUCCCGCUGGCCGUCACCAGGCGACCUCCUCCUGCCACCACCAGACGGCCGAAAAUCCUCCCGCUAUCCAAAUGGCCCCCGACUACCGCGAGGCCAGCCACCACCAGGAGGCCCUCCAUCUCCUUGAAAGCUGACGUCAAGCCCCCCAAGCCCUGUGAUUCCCAACCUUGUCUCCACGGAGGCACCUGUGAAGAUGACGGGGAGGACUAUACCUGCAGCUGCCCAGCCGGAAAGGGAGGAGCGGUCUGUGAGCGAACAAUCGUGUACUAUCUCCCCGAGUUUGGUGGUAAAUCUUACCUGGCGUUUAAGACUAUGAAGGCUUAUUACACGGUGCGGAUCAGUCUGGAGUUCCGUGCCUCGGACCUGGAUGGAUUACUUCUGUACAACGGACAGAAAAAAGGCAAAGACUUCAUUUCUCUAGCUCUUGUGCGGGGUUAUGUGGAGCUGAGGUUUAACACGGGCUCUGGAACCGGUGUCAUCACCAGCAAAACACCAAUAAAACCUGGAAACUGGCACCAAGUGGUGGUGAACCGUAAUCGGCGCAGUGGGAUGCUGUCAGUGGACGGCGAGCCACAUGUGAUUGGAGAGAGCCCCACUGGAACAGAUGGGCUUAAUCUGGACACGGAUCUGUUCCUGGGUGGAGCACCCGAGGAUGAGAUGACACUUGUUACAGAAAGGACGGCAGCUACAAAGGGACUCCGGGGAUGUAUCCGACUGCUGGAUGUCAAUAACCUAAUCUACAACCUGCAGGAAAAGGGCAGUGAUGUCUUGUACGGCAGUGGGGUGGGGGAGUGUGGAAAUAACCCCUGUGCUCCCAACCCCUGCAAGAAUAAUGGCAAGUGCCAUGUGAAGGAAGCAGAGAUGUUCCACUGUGUAUGUGUCGGCGAGUUUUCAGGACCAACCUGUGCUGAUAAGCACAACCCAUGUGACCCGAAUCCAUGCCACCCAUCAGCCACCUGCAUGGUGUUACCUGAAGGCGGAGCAAAGUGCGAAUGUCCAAUGGGACGCAAAGGAGAGUUCUGUGAAAGAGAAGCUGAGCAAGACCAGAGCAGUGCCUUCAUCCCAGAGUUUAAUGGACUUUCGUACCUGGAAAUGAACGGAAUCCACACAUAUUCCGAUGACUUGUCUAAGAAGCUAUCGAUGGAGGUGGUCUUCUUGGCAAAGGACCGCAAUGGAAUGAUCUUUUACAAUGGGCAGAAGACGGAUGGCCGUGGAGAUUUUGUGUCACUAAAUCUGCGUGAUGGCUACUUAGAGUUUAAGUAUGACCUUGGCAAAGGACCUGCAGUAAUCAGGAGUAAGGAACGUAUCCCACUCAAUGUAUGGAAUGUGGUUACUGUGGAAAGGAAUGGUCGGAAAGGAUUAAUGAAAAUUAACAAGAACGAACCCAUCUCUGGCGAAUCUCCGAAAUCGCGCAAGGCCCCACAUACGGGACUGAACCUCAAGGAGGCUUUGUAUGUGGGCGGAGCACCGGAUUUCAAUAAAUUUGCUCGUGCGGCUGCAAUCACCUCUGGCUUCACUGGUGCCAUUCAAAAGCUUUCAAUAAAAUCCAUUCCACUGCUUAAAAUAGAAAACAUUCAAAAGGCCAUUGAAAUCUCCAACUAUCAGUCACACCCCUGCACAAAGAAGGUGAAUCCCUGUCAAAAUGGUGGCGUCUGCAGCCCAAGGCUCAGGGAAUAUGACUGCAUGUGUCAGCGUGGCUUCUCGGGGUCACAGUGUGAAAAAGCACUUGAGGAGAAGUCAGCAGGUGAAAGCGAAUCUAUCGCAUUUAAUGGGCGUACAUUCAUAGAGUAUCAUAACACAGUGACAAGGAGUCCUGAAUUCAUGGACUAUCCCAUGGAACAGAGUGAGAAAGCUAUACAAGUUAAUUAUUUUGAGCUGAGCAUCAAAACAGAAGCAACACAGGGAUUGAUUCUGUGGAGCGGGAAAAUUGCUGAGAGAUCAGACUACAUUGCACUGGCUGUGGUUGAUGGGUUUGUGCAGAUGACGUAUGACCUUGGGUCUAAACCAGUCAUACUCCGGUCUACAGUUCCAGUCAACACAAAUCAGUGGGUUAGGAUUAAAGCUAACAGAAAACACAGAUAUGGGACUCUCCAAGUGGGAAAUGAAGCCCCUGUGACUGGGUCUUCUCCUCUUGGUGCCACACAGCUGGAUACAGAUGGAGCGCUCUGGCUUGGUGGAAUUGAGAAGCUGGCACUUGGAAACAGACUGCCGAAGGCUUACAGCACCGGUUUUAUAGGCUGCAUAAAGGAUGUGGUCAUUGAUCGCCAGGAACUCCAGCUAGUAGAAGACGCCUUGAAUAAUCCCACAAUAUUACACUGUCCAGCCAAAAAAUGAACAGGCUAUGCCUACUGCUGUAAUUAUUUUCUAUUUUUGUAUACUUUUAUUGCUUUUUAUAUUGAAAAUGUUUUUGUUGCAGUAUAUCAAGCUAAUCUCACAAGCAAACCAAACGAUCAAAAUGUUCUUGGCUACAAUUACACUGUACACAGUUAGUUCAGUUGUUCUUGAACCUGUGAUAUUUGGUGCUGGUGUUACCUACUGUCUUCAUCAAAUCAAUUUGCUUCACAAUCUAAGAACUAGUUCAGCUCUUCUUAAUGGCAACUGGCAGAGUUCAAUGCCAUAAUGAUUGCUAUCUGCUGACCGAAUAUGACUAAUGUGUUUACUCAGAUGUGACCCAUUGCCAUACACAAUAAAGCUCCAGAUUUUUGUUCAUUCCUUUGCUUGUAAUAAAUUGUGCAAUUUGUUUUGUUCAGUUAUGUACUUCUUUGAGAAUUAGACACAUUGCAAGACUGAACAAGCCAACGCUAAAGGUGUUGCGGAAAUUGUGGGCUAAAGCUGAGAAAUCAUUAGACAAAAGCAAGUGCAGCAGGUGUAAAGAUUUAAGUUUCUCCCUUUGUUUUUCAAAUGUAUCCAUUUCAAAAAUCAAAGAGGCACAUUCUCAAAUUAAUCUGCAUCUUUUACAUAGUUUGAAGUGCCUGUAAUUUUUUUUUAAAUCAUAUGUCACAACAAAUACUCUUAAAUUAAACUGUUAACAUCAUCAUGCUUUUGGUUGAGACACCUUUGACUAACUUAAUAGUUUGAGGAAGAAAAAAAAUAAUAAUUUGGAAUUGGAUCAAGUGAUGAAAUGUUUCAUGAAGUGCAUGAAAUAUUAUCGGAGCCUCCCCAUUGACGUGAGCUCCAUAAUAGAUUGCUUAUGGUUCUUUGCUGUGAUCCCACAGAUUGAGGUAAACAUUUACUGCUUUCCAUUAAAAUGUGGAAAGAUGAUAUAAUUUACAAAAUUUGCUGUUCCAUUGAAUGAUACUUUUAGACGUAACGACUCAAACUGUGUUGGCGUUACACUGUCCCAGCCACAGAAAUAACCUCCCACUUGUGUUGCUCACUGUGUAUAGUGUAUAUAGUAUGGGCCAAUAUGUGAUGAUACCUUUCGCUUAACACUUGUGAGAUUGCAUGUGGCCUAAAGGUCUUGGACUGUGAGAAAUAUGCCAAUAUUUUAAGGGUAGUGGAUAAAGACCGAUGUUCUGUUGGAAAUAACGUUCAAGAGAAAGAAGCAAAAAGCUUUGUCCCACAUGUGGCAUGCUACUGAGCCGGCCCCAUUAUAUAACUUUCUCCUAAGCUGCUGCUUGCUGUUGAUGUACUCCACCUACAAACUUGGCCAGUGGAAGUCCCAGGGGCAUUGGUUACCACUGGAAAGCUGUAUCCACGUGGUAAUUUAACAUUGGGCUGUUGGAGAAGGCUUGCUGAAAAUGAGCUUUGCUUUAGUGAGCUAUGAAAUACAUCAAGGAUUUUGCAAGUGGCAUGAGUGGCCAUGAAUGUGUCUAGACUGCUGUAAAAAUUUGGUCUCUGCAAAGUGCAUUGAUUCAGAUCGUGAUACUUGUCAUCAGCAUUACUCAUUGGUGUCAUUGUUUUUCUAGCUCUAUCAUCUGACUUUUCUUUCCAUAGAAAGUACAAUUCAGCCUUAACAAUUAGUACGUAUUCAUGGCAUUUUUUUAAUACUAUACAACAGUCAAAUGCAUUUCAUUAUAUAACCCUGUGAGGAGGUAACCUAUAAGGAAGUUGUUAGGAGUAAAAGGAGAUAAUGCUGGAAAUGGGAGUGUGUCUUCCCAUUGUAGGAAAAGCAAGGUGGACAAAGAUAGGUGAAAAUUUUGGCCAGAAUGUUCUUCUGAUACUUACAAAACCUUCCACAUUGCUGGAGUUGGCAUGUUUUAUAAUGUAACUUGGCCAAAAGAUAUUCUGUGCAAGGCAAUGACAUCUGAGGGUCCUCGCUGUGUGAUGUUGUCAUCUAUUAGGCCAACAAUUAAUCUUGGUUGUUGCCAUGAUGUCAGUCGCCAUCAUCAGGUUGCAGGUUUUUCUGCACUGUUGCUUAUUUUGUUGCCUUUUUUUAAAGUGACCUCUGGCCCUUUGCAAUGACCCAAAACCUCUGUGCCCCCAUUGUCCUUAGAUUGCUUUACCUCAUCAUCACUGCCUGCUACAGUGAGCAUACAGCUCUGAAACGCAGGUCACUGAGUUCGAAGGGAGUCAAUAGCAUGAGCUUGUUUGCUUUGUCAAACUGGGAAUUAAAGAAACCAAGUAUAACAGAAACAUUCCAAAUACUGUGUCUUGUCUUCAGAAAUGUUUGUGAGAAAAGGGGGGGGGGCCUCAGAAAUGCCUUAAAUGCCAAGUUCGCCAACCUUGUGGUGAACCCCAUUGCGCACACCUUGUGUUGUGCACUUAUUUUUAUUUGACGUUUUACUGCUGGUGUUUUAACUCUAGUGUAAAAAUUAUUCAAGCCCUUUUUUUUAAAAAAAGAAAGAAAUUUCUGGUUUUAUUUAUGUUUCCAUACAGUGUAUUUUCAGGUACAUGAUCAUUGUAAACUGCUGUAAUUAAUCUGUAAGGACAGUGCACAGUAUGUGAUCAGCAUGAUGUAACCAUUACUAACUUUAUUCCUCGUGUUGUUUGGCCAAUCAUCAUGAAAUAAAGUGUAAAACU